AUGGCAGUCGGACUUCAGGUCCGGGCUAAGGCUGAGAAACUCUGGCUGCUGCGGAUCGGGGAGCCGGUUGGACCAGAACUUGGCCUGCGUGUACCUCCUGCAGACCCCGCGGUGAUGGUCCUCCUCUUCCUGGCCAGGACGCUGCCCCACACUGAGUCCCACAGAACAACCUGUGAGCCUGGCUCCCCAGGAGGGCCCUGUCCCCAGGAGGGGGAUCAGAAGAUCGUGGCUGGAGUCACCUGGGCGCAUCGUUUGAUGUGGCACCUGCAGCGGCAGAACCGACACCCAACCAAGAGGAGGCUGCAGGGAGCCGGCAUGCAGACGUCUGUCCCGUCUGUUCACAGGGCCCAGUUCCUGGCCAGCUUUGGCCAAAGCGAGAGACUGGACUUCGGAGAGCUGAUAGGUCUCUCCCCCAGAGAUGCAGAAAGCAAAGAGGAGGGGAGCGGGCCGAUGUUCCAGGGCUGUGGGGCCGCUGGCUGUCAAGGUCAGGCGGGACAUAGUGGGUCUUCUAGAAGGGUUUGUGGGGCCAGCAGGGGCAAGGCUGCGCCGACCCCAACCUGCAUGAGGACCACAUCCCCGAGGUGGAGUGCCUACAGUCCCCAGCGGAGCCGGGCUAAGCGCUCCACGUGCCCUCUGCUCCUUACAUGGGCCCCAGGCUCCACACGACAGGGGUCCCAGGCUUCCUGCAGACAGAAGCCAACCAGCAGCCACACCCUGUGGGCCCACCUGGACCUCUUUACCCCACUGACCGUUUGCGGGUCCUUUGCGUUUCCCUGCGUCCAGAGCUGCAGUUCUUCUCUUCACUGCUCUGCGUCUUCUGCUCCUACAGGUCAAAUCUAUGUGUCCUUGUGUCAUGCAGGUAUCCGCAAAUUUGUGACUGAAAGACCGGGACCCCCUGGAAGCCGAGAAAUGGGACUGUUGACAUUCAGAGAUGUGGCUAUCGAGUUCUCUCUGGGGGAAUGGCAAUGCCUGGAUCGUGCUCAGCAGAAUUUGUAUAGAGAUGUGAUGUUAGAGAACUACAAAAACCUGGUCUCCCUGGGUAUUGCUGUCUCUAAGUCAGACUUGAUCACCCAUCUAGAGCAAAAUAAAGAGCCCCGGAAUAUAAAGAAAAAUGAGAUGUUAGCCAAACACCCAGUUAUGUGUUCUCAUUGCACCCAAGACCUUCAGCCACAGCAGGGCAUAAAAGAUUCACUCCAAAAAGUAAUACCAAGAACAUAUGAAAAAUGUGGAAAUGAGAAUUUACAAUUUAAAAAAUGCUGUAAAAGUGUGGGUGAGUGUGAGGUGCACAAAGGAGGUUAUAAUGAUGUUAACCAAUGUUUGUCAAUUACCCAAAACAAAAUAUUUCAGACUCAUAAAUAUGUCAAAGUCUUUGGUAAAUUUUCAAAUUCCAGUAAGCAUAAGACAGGACAUACUGGAAAGAAUCAUUUCAAAUGUAAAAAAUGUGGCAAAUCAUUUUGCAUGCUUUCACACCUAAAUCAACAUCAGGUAAUUCAUACUAGGGAGAAGUCUUACAAAUGUGAAGAAUGUGGCAAAUCCUUUAACUGCUCCUCAUACUGUACUAAACAUAAAAGAAUUCAUAUUGGAGAGAAACCCUACAGAUGUCAGGAAUGUGGCAAAGCCUUUCGCUGGUCCUCAAGCCUUAGUAGACAUAAGAGAAUUCAUACUGGAGAGAAACCCUUCACAUGUGAAGGAUGUGGCCAAGCCUUUAGCCGGUCCUCAGCCCUUAAGAAACAUACCCAAUUUCAUACUGGAGGGAAACCCUACACAUGUGAAGAAUGUGGCAAAGCCUUUAGGCGCUCCUCAGCACUUACUAACCACAAGAGAAUUCAUACUGGAGAGAGACCCUACAAAUGUGAAGAAUGUGGCAAAGCCUUUACCUUUUCCUCAGCCCUCACUAACCACAAGAGAAUUCAUACUAGAGAGAGACCCUACAUAUGUGAAGAAUGCGGCAAAGCCUUUAACUGCUCCUCCAGCCUCAUGCAACAUAAGAGAAUUCAUACCGGAGAGAAACCCUACACAUGUGAAGAAUGUGGCAAAGCCUUUAGGUGCUCCUCAGCCCUUACUAACCACAAGAGAAUUCAUACUGGAGAGAGACCCUACAAAUGUGAAGAAUGUGGCAAAGCCUUUAGCUUUUCCUCAGCCCUCACUGACCACAAGAGAAUUCAUACUGGAGAGAGACCCUACACAUGUGAAGAAUGUGGCAAAGCCUUUAACUGCGCCUCAACCCUUAAGAAGCAUAAGAGAAUUCACACUGGAGAGAAACCCUACAAAUGUGAAGAAUGUGGCAGAGCUUUUACAUGGCAUUCAAGUUUUGCUAUACAUAGGAUACGUCACACUGGAGAGAAACCCCACAAAUGUGAAUAA